AUGCUUUGCAGGAGACUAACGAGCUUAAGAUCUGUGUUUCUUGGUCCUUAUACAAAAUGUUCUACACCUCAACUUCGGCGGUAUGCUGCUGCUGCGUCUCUGGAGGGCGAUCGAUGCGUGAAGCCUUUCGAAGUUAUAAACGGAAAACCAUCACUAAAUCUGCAAAUAACUCAGCGCGCCGCUGACAGAUUGAACGAAAUUUACAAAGGCUCCAAAGAAGUGCUGCGAAUAAUGGUCGAAAGCGGCGGUUGCCAUGGCUUUCAAUAUAACUUGAAACUAAUAAAUAAGGACCUUGCGUCGUCUGACACGCAAACUGCGCCGGAGAAGGGUAAUCCCGAGGACGAAUUUGAAGAUGAGGACGAAUUCGGUGCAAACAAAGACGUUGUUUAUGUUUUAGCAGAUGAAGGCGCAGAAGUUGUGAUCGACGAAAAAUCGUUGGCCGUUUUGAAUAACACGACGCUGACAUACACGUCGGAGUUGAUUGGUUCAACGUUCAAGAUCACUGGCGGUAACAUGAAAAGCAGUUGCGGCUGCGGGAGCAGCUUUGACGUGGACGUUUAG